GGGGCUGCUCUCCCCCUCUGGAGCCCCCGCGACCCCCCGCGCUGCCCGAGCCUCCCACCGCCGCCCUUGAGGAGCUACGGGACUCCCCCCCCAUCAUCGCACGAAAGCGACUCGAUUCGCCAUGAGGAGGGAGAGUGCCUUCCAGGAGCAGCCUGCCCUGAUCGAGCCGGGGAGGAAUGAGCGGUCAAUGAAUUAAAGAUGGGUGGAAAAUGAGCAGAGGGAAACGCAGCCAUCAGCGGGACGGGGGAAGAGAGGAUGGCCCCAUAGCCCAGCAGCCCCCGGAGCUGCUGCCCUCUCUGCUCACACCGCGUGGAAGGACCGUGAGCGGCAGUGGCUGCGAUGAGAGCCCCGGCCCUCGGCUGAUGCCCGCCCUGCUGAUAAAGAUGAUCAAUAAGUCCCGAGGGAAGAUACUGGGAGUGCUGGCGCUGUUUCUGGUGAUGGUGUGGUACUCGAUAUACCGGGAGGACAGCUUUUAUUUCCCCGUGCAAGAAAACAAGACCGUGUGUCCCACUGGGGAGGUGGAGAGGAAGGCAGCACAGCUCAUAGGGAACUACACGAGGGACCGCCCGCUCUUCCUGCAGCUGAAGGAUUACUUCUGGGUGAGGACGCCGUCGCUCUACGAGCUGCCCUAUGGCACCAAAGGCAGCGAGGAUGUCCUCCUGCGCCUGCUGUCGGUCACCAGUUACCCGCUGCCCGAGAGCAUCCAGAGCCUGAAGUGUCGGAGGUGCGUGGUGGUGGGCAAUGGGCACCGGCUCCGCAACAGCUCCAUGGGGGACACCAUCAACACCUACGACGUGGUGAUCAGGCUGAACAACGCGCCGGUGCACGGCUAUGAGCAGGAUGUGGGCUCCAAGACCACCAUGCGGCUCUUCUACCCCGAGUCAGCCCACUUUGACCCCCAGGCAGAGAACAACCCCGACACGCUGCUGGUGCUGGUGCCCUUCAAGCCCAUGGACUUCCAGUGGAUGGAGGCCAUCCUCAAUGACAAGAAGAGGGUUCGUAAAGGGUUUUGGAAGCAGCCCCCACUGAUCUGGGAUGCCAACCCGGAGCAAGUGCGCAUCCUCAACCCUUACUACAUGGAAGUAACUGCUGCUAAACUGCUCAGCCUCCCCAUGAAGCAGCCACGGAAGGUCAAACAGGCUUUGGGUACCCCGACUCGGCCAACAAGAAGCAAACCAUCCACUACUACGAGCAGAUCACGCUCAAGUCCAUGGCUGCCUCGGAGCACAACAUCUCACACGAGGCAGUGGCCAUCAAGCACAUGCUGGAGCUGGGACUGGUCAAGAACCUCACGUACUUCUGAGUGCAAUGGGGCUGCGCAGGGACACGUCCCCACCUCGGAGCCCGCCGAGGUCCUGGAGCAGCCGGUGUCCCUGUGCCCAUCACGAUGCUGGUGGCACUGUGGGGGCCACGCCGGCUCGCCGGCCCCAGGGGCGCAGGGAGCCCCUCAACGGGGACUUUUCAUAUGGAAACACUGAAACUAGUGAGGACUAGGGAGGGAUUCUGGGGAGGAUGGAGGGAACCUCCCCCCAGCAGGUCUGGGGGGCACGGCAGGGUGCAUUGGAGCCCUCCUCUUCCCUUGGAUACUCUUGCAUUCGGGAUGAGGAGCCUGAGGAGGGGCUGAUGGGGGGUCCUGGGGGAGUCCCCUGUGGGUGGGAGGCUGAGUUGCAGCCCCCUCCCAGCUGGGCACCCUAAAUAUUUAAUUCCUCCCUUCUUCCCCCCUCCUCUUUUUAAUUUUCUUUUUACAUGUUGGCCCAGCCUCAUGCCUUAGUGCUGGUGUGGGGGGCUCAGCCCUGCAGCACCCCUGGGUGGCCCGUGGGGGGGUGUGGGGGUGACACAGCGGUGCAGAUUAAUUUAAUUAAUUUAAAAGAUUAUUUAUCAUGGGGCCUCCCUCCUCUGUGGCCUCGUGCAGGGGAGGCUCCCCCCUCCCCAAAGGUGCCUUUUGUUCCACCAUCGGCGCCUUGCUCACAUGGGAUCCUGCAUCCCCCAGGAUUUGGGGAAGGGGGGCCCUGGGACCCAUGGACCUUGGGGUGUUGGGGGGCUCCUGCUGGCACCCAAUAAAGGUCCUGGUGUGACUGGA